GAUCGCGGUCGGCGCGUGCGGAUAGUAAAAUGGCUGCCGGGAAACGUCAAUACAUUCUGUACUGAUACGAGCCUGCCUUUGUAAUCGCAUUUGUAAAUACGUUCGCGACGCGGGGGGGUAACAUCGUCGCUGGGACGUCGCAUGCCGUUCGACUGAUCGGCCCCGGGUGCUUCGUGAACCGUGUGCGCGUGCCGACGGGCGACGGGAUGGCGGAGUUUGUGCGCGGUGGGCCAAGCGUAUCCAACAGUGCCAAGUUGGAGCAUAGCAGCAAAGGUGGAUCUCCUAGUACGGGAAGCGAGGAUGGUGGUCAAAACGAGUCGUUGAAUGCGGAAAACGAGUUUGAUCCUUUUCUGGAAAAUAUACCGGAUGAUAUACAGGACGCAGAAGAACCUGACGGCGCAAACGCCACUCUGUUAACGGCACCGCCGGAGAAUCAGUGGUAUCAUGGUCGUUUAGAUAGAUUUACAGCAGAAGAAAGACUGUGGGAUGCAAAUAAAAUGGGUAGUUAUUUGGUUCGCGAAAGUGACAGGAAACCUGGAAGCUAUGUCUUGUCUUACUUGGGAAGGACUGGAAUAAAUCAUUUCCGAAUUACAGCUGUCUGCGGAGAUUAUUAUAUUGGCGGUCGUCAAUUUAACAGUCUCUCAGAUCUGGUUGCGUAUUACACUCAUUGUUCGGAUCUCUUAAAGAGAGAAAGACUUAUACAUCCGACGCCACCUCCGGAGCCAGUGAACGAUAAGAAACGAAUCGUCGCGAUACUGCCAUAUACGAAAAUGCCGGAUACCGACGAACUGAGCUUUCAAAAAGGGGAUAUAUUUUUUGUGCACAAUGACAUGGGCGAUGGAUGGUUGUGGGUCACUGCCCACAGAACCGGCGAACAGGGUUUAAUAUUUCGGGAAUUAGUGGAGGAUCUUGAUGAUUCCAUAGAUCCUAACACAGUAUUUUCCUGGUUUCAUCCCAAUGUCACCAAAAGCGAGGCAGUUGACAUGCUAGUAAAAGCAGGACCUGGAAGUUUCCUAGUCAGACCAUCGGACAAUAGUCCAGGAGAUUACUCACUUUUCUUCCAUAUAAACAACCAAAUACAGAGAUUCAGAAUCGAGAAAAAAGGGGUACGGUAUCUCAUGGGAGGUAGAACGUUCGAAUGUCUUGACGCUGUAAUUAACAGAUACCGAAAGGAACAAAUUGUGGAAGGGCAUACUUUGGUUCAAGCAAUGGUAACCGAACCUGAUGGCAGCGUCAGAGUAAAUAGGGAGGUUCAACAUGCCGAGAAAAUAUAUGCGACCUUGAGGGAAUGUCGAGAGGUAUCAGGAGCGAAGAAGAACAAAGGAAUUAAAAUGCAGGGAUAUUUGGAAAAGAAAUCGGAGAAAAAUAAAAAGUGGAAAGCGUUGUAUUUUGUCUUGUUGGUGGAUGCUACCGACACGCAUCUCUAUCUAUACGACAAUCCCAAGAGAACCAAGCCAAAAGGUCUCAUUGAUUUAAGCUGUGCUUACUUGUACCAGGUCCACGAAAGUGUGUUUGAUAGGCCUCAUUGUUUCCAAUUAGUUGAACGUGCUUUACCAUGUCUGGCCACCAUAACUUAUCUGGCUGCCCCGAAUUCCGAAAAUGCAUUAGACUGGAUUAAUGCCUUGAAACCAUUAUGUGUAUCACAACUCACCCGUGCUCCGAAAGUCGCCCGCCUCCGUGAAUUACGUUCAUUGCAUCUGCAUAUCUUAGACGCACAUAGGCUUCCGUACAAGCUAGUUCCGAGUCCGUUUAUUAUAGUGGCUUUAAAUAAUGUUAAAGUCGCUCGCACGAAGGUUAAAACAGGAUUACAUUCACUCUGGGAUGAAGAAUUCAUUCUAGAGGAUGUACCGCCAGAUGUUAUGUCUUUUUCGCUCACUCUGUACAAUAAGGGCAAGCGCAGCAAGGAUACGGAGGUCGCAGAUCUAACGGUUGAGUUGGCGAGUUUAACUAAUGGAGAAGAAAUGGACGAAUGGUAUCCAUUAUCAGGAGUGACACCAAUCGGAGAAUGGGGUGCCUUGCGUUUACGCAUACGAUACAGACAUGAUUUAGCUAUGCCUCCUGAGGAAUAUAGCCCUCUUCAGCAAUUAUUAUUGGAUCCAGAACUGCAUGUUGUUAAGGCAUUAGCGGACGUAUGCCACUUAGAUAGAGUACCCUUGGCAAAUAGUCUUCUUAGAAUCUUUAGGCAUGAAAGAAAAGAAGCGGAUCUUUUGCGAUCAUUGAAUCAAGCUGAAGUUGAGAAAGAAGAUGAAACACCAACUCUGUUUAGAGCUGCCAGUCUUACGACCACUUUAAUGGAUUUAUAUAUGAAAUCUGUUUGUACUUCGUUUUUAAAGGCCGCUUUGCGUGAUACGAUCGUGAAACUAAUUGAAAGCAAACAGAGUUGCGAGUUGAACCCAACGAAAAUGGAUUCCCCGGAAGACGCGUGCAAUAAUGCUGAAUUUUUAUUACAAGUGUUGGAUGAAGUUACAUUAAGUAUUUUUACAAGUCCUGAUGCUUGUCCGAGAACUCUCAGAUACAUUUGCGGAUGCUUACAAAGAGCAGUUGUCGCUAAGUGGCCACACGAAAGACUAGUCAGAACUCGAGUUGUCAGUGGAUUUAUAUUUCUACGCCUUCUCUGCCCUGCCAUAUUAAAUCCUAGAUCGUUUAAUUUAAUAGCUGAGCCACCACCUCCGUCUGCUGCAAGAUCAUUAGUCAUGGUGGCAAAAUGUCUACAAAAUCUGGCUAAUUUAGUCGAAUUUGGUGGAAAAGAACCAUAUAUGGAAGUUGUAAAUCCAUUCAUACUCAAAAAUAAAGAACGAAUGGUAGUGUUCCUUGAUCAGCUGUCUAAUGUUGCUGAGAAACCAGAGCCAUCAGAAGCUACAGAUCCAAGAACUAAAAGUGUGUCUGACACUGCAAGAGACUUAGCGACGUUACAUCAUAUCUGCGUUUCACAUCUGAAGGAACUUCAAGUUCUGUCGAAGACACAGCCGACGAUUAAACAGCUGGUAACGGUGACUGAAAUGUUGAGCAAACAUAAGCAGAAGUAUAUGGAAAUGAUACGGUAGUGCUAGAGCCAUCAGCCAUGAACAAUGCCAAACACAAUAAAAUGAUUUAUAAAAUUCAAUGACGGAUAACAUAUAGUAGUAUUUAAUAAUUACGAUUAAGUAAUUAAACGUACAGACUGACGUGCCAUAUAUAUUACUGUAUACACUCAAGCCUACAUUUACUAUUUCAUAUGUAAUUAGAAGUUAGUUUAUAUAUAAAUAUAAAUAUUAUAGCGACAGUAACAUGACAGUGAUAUAGAUACAUACAGAAUUAUAUAGACGUAUAACAAUUUUAUAUUUACUUAGGUGCUCGAAAAUAAAUGCAACUUCAAUCGAAA